AUGGCCACUCUUGCCUUCAAACCGUAUACCUACAAGCCAACUCCUCCACGCUCUAAGAGCACAGCAACCCGCCACAAACCUGCCCCGGAACAACAGAUCAGGUCAAGCACUGCAUCACUCAGCACGCCGCGACCAGCAGCAGCGGCAGCAGCAGAUGGCGGUGGGGCCAACAGGCCCGGAAUUCGAGGGACCGGCACUGUUUACGGCGGCAGCGACAAAGCAAAUAAUGACGAAAACGACGUCGACCGAGACUUCCCCACAAUCGAAGAAUUGCUAUUCACCAAGUUACAAGCGCAGGGCUUCAUAACAGGGGGUCGGGGCCCAGACAAGACGGGCAGAGUUGAGAAGGUAGCUGCAGAUGAGAGGGAUGAUCCAAUUGUCCUCCUAGGCGACGGCGACUUGAGUGCCUCCAAAGCCGAAGCUAAUGACAUUAGUCUUCGCGCCGAAAGUGCAAUAGCACUAGGCAUUGGACUUUUCGAUAGCCCAGAGACAGCCUUCGACUCGACAACUCCGGCCCCUCCUUGUAGUUCCGAUGGGUGGCACGAUAUUAAUGACUACCCCGAGACGACUCCGCGUAUGUGGCUUGCGGAACAAGGAGCUUCGACGGCAGACUCCGUAUAUCCUCAUACCCCUUCUUCGCGCCUCUCGAGCGAACCAUUGCACGACAGCAUCAGUACAGAAGGAUCGCGCCAUGCUAUAUCCGAGGCCACGACAUCCUGUUCCGCUCGACCCCAAAGCUCGCCCCAACGCCAUUGCAGAGCUUCGCUAGAGAACCAGCUCAGUCAAGAAGGUCGUCUUCAUACCGUUCGAGGCGUGGCACACAAACAUGAGCUGGUUGACCAGGCGUUCGACAUUCUCCUCAUUAAUGAAGUGGCGAGGGAGCAGCAAGAUGUGGAGCAGGAGAAGGACGAAGGCCAUAGUGAGGAUGAAGACGAGGGGCCACAGCAAGAAGUGAAUAUUGUAGCACCGGUGGUAACGGCCGAAAGGGCUGGUGGAAGUCCAAGACCGGCCAACCGAUGGCAAUCGCUUCCCAACCUCGACCCAUCUCCAGAACCGAGUCAUAACGAGGCAGGAAGCCGAUGCGAUCGUGAUAGCAACGACGAGCUCAAUAGCUCCGACUCGGCUGGUGACGAUGAGAAGGAACCACGUCCUGCCAAGCGGAAGCAGCCGUCCUCAUCUUACGGUGGCCUAGCACCCCCAUCGCCAGUAUCCCAAGUCGCACUCCCCUCUCAACCAGAGGUCAAGAGUCGCUACAAGCUCGAGUGCCGAGGGCCGAUUACCUUCACCAGCGCCUUCUAUACCACAAAGCAUAGAUACAACGAUGCCGCUUAA